UGCUGAAAUUUAUAAAAGCUGGAAAAAAAAUCAACUACCGCGGUCCUACUAUCGAAAAGUACUGUAUUAGUAACAAACUGACCGCGUGGAGUGGUGGUGGCAAUCGUGUCACAAUGACGCGACUAUUUAUUUAGUAUUCUUCGCUUGCUUUGUGUAAAUUUUUCAGAACCGCCGGAACAGUUUCCCAGUUUUACGCGUGAUUUGAAACGGUACGGGUGUGCCGGAGUUGGCUUGUAUCCAGCAGUGGUUGCUGUAGUGAAAAUUGUUUCUUUUAAACGAUAGCAAAGAUGUUGGUGCUACAAUACCUGGCAUCGUUCUAUCACUACGUCAACUAUGAAACUAGUGAUCCUCGCGUGAACAAUUGGUUGCUUAUGGAAACACCAUGGCCAGGAACUGCUAUUCUGGCAUUCUAUUUAAUGUUCGUUCUCAAGUGGGGUCCUAAGCUGAUGGAAAACCGGAAGCCGGUGAAACUUGAUAAUAUCAUCAAAGUGUACAAUAUAGUGCAAGUAUUUCUCUGCCUCUUCUUAUUUGUCGAAGGAUGGCGAUUAGGAUAUUUACGAGGAUACAACGUUCUAUGUCAGCCGGUUGAUUAUUCAAAUAACGAAGUACCGAUAGCGAUCGCACGCCGGGUUCAUAUUUACUUCCUGGUGAAGGUCAUAGAUCUUCUCGAUACCGUAUUCUUUGUAUUGCGCAAAAAGCAGAAUCAGGUCAGCUUUCUCCACGUGUAUCAUCACACAGGAAUGGUGAUGCUUUCUUGGAGCGGAGUCAAAUGGUUCGCAGGUGGCCAUGGUGUAUUCAUGGGAUUCCUAAACAGUUUCGUGCACGUAGUUAUGUACUAUUACUACUUCCUUACGUCGGUUAGUCCCAAGUAUAAGGGCAACGUCUGGUGGAAAAAGCAUAUCACGCAAUUGCAGAUCAUCCAAUUCGGGCUCAUCUUUCUACAGUGGUUCGUGCUGGCAUUCCAACCAAAUUGUGACUUCCCUAAGUGGCCUUUGUUUGUGCUGUUACCUCAGAAUCUUUUCAUGUUUGCACUAUUCCUUGAUUUCUACUAUCAAGCGUAUAUCAAGAAAAAGCCGGUGGAAAAGGUCGAAGUGCAACAACAGAAGACGUUGCGGAAUGGAGAGUUCAAUGACCGACACAAUCCGAGAUUCAGCAAAACGAUGAUUGAUUGUCACGAUGAUUAACAAUCCUGCGUGGGUUGUUAUCAGUAGCCGUCUGAGAAUUUGCCCAUAGUUGCUAAGUCUGAGUAGCAUUUAAUGUAGCGCUAUUUUAUGUAAGAACAACACUCAGUGUGUGUGUGAACGAAUUUUCGAACGCGGGGUUGCAAAGUAAUGCAAAUCUGUUUUUCGUUUGUUACUUUUCUAGUUCCGAUGUAUGACCCUGGAUGAC